UUCACUCGAAUAGGUUUUUUGCUUUAUUUUAAACAUUUGUAUUUAUAUGGCCAGGCUUUACGCUCUUGUCAUUUCAUUUAUUGUCAUUUGCAAGUGGCUUUAGAAAAGACACCUUAUUGCAGUCGGCAGCGGACUAUCAAAGGCAAUUCAUAUUCACCAUGGCUGACGAAUUCGAUGGAUGCCAGUGCGUUUGGUCGCAUGAGUUUGCUAUGCAAAGGCUUUUGAAUUUUAUACGUCAGAAUCAGAAUGCUUGCACCGAUACCGAGUGCAUCGAUGUUAGCGGACGUGUGACGCAAUCCACCACGGCUGGGGACAGCAACAGCUUCACUGUAGCCGUGAUCUUCAUGCUCUUGGCCAUGUUUAUGUAUGUUGUGAAUCCAAGCACCUGGCGUCAAUAUACCAAGAACAAGCCCAAUAACAGCCGUCGUGAUAAUAAUCAAGAUGGCGCGCCGCCGCCACCGCAGCCACCACCACCGGCUAUCAACUGAGGCGCUGCUGCCGUAUGUAACAUUUUUCCGAAUGUUUUGCAUUUUUGGUUCUUUAUGCCAAACCAUUAGACAAAAUUUAAAAGAUAUAAAUACCUAAUCACAUAUAUUUCUGAGAAACUGGUAACGCAAUAAAACUAAUGCAAACAAAUCAAAAGACAGAAAUGUGUAGCGUAGCAGUUACAAAAUUUCGAUAUUCCUGGUUUUUAAAUCAAAUUAUCAUAUACAUUCAUACAUAAAAGCAAUUUAUAUAACAUAUACAUUCAUAGUAAUAUUUUGCAUUUGUUUAUUAUUUACUCAACAUUGAAUUUUGUACAAACUUAAACUACAUACAUAUAUAGCUAUAUGCUACCAUACACAUUAGCAUGUUGUAAAAGAAUAUACAAAGAAAAAUUUAACAUCGA